AGAGAGGUUAACCGAAUGGAGAAAAGGGCAGAGAAGAGAAGGAUAAUCUUAGUUCCAUUUCCAGCACAAGGACAUGUAACUCCCUUUAUGCAACUCGGGCAAGCCCUUAACUUCAAGGGCUUCUCAAUUACAGUUAUUCAAGGAGGAUCCAAUCAAGUAAGUCACAUCCCUGGAUUUCAGUUUGUCACCAUUCAAGAAAGCUUACCCGUGUCUCAACUCAAGACACUUGGACCGGUCGAAUUCCUUAUAAAGCUCAACAAAACAAGCGAGGCAAGCUUCAAGAACUGUAUAUCUCAGUUGUUGCUACAACAAGACAAUGAUAUCGCAUGUAUCAUCUAUGACGAGCUCAUGUACUUCUCCGAAGCUGCAGCUAAGGAGUUCAAGAUCCCUAGUGUCAUAUUCAGCACUGUUAGUGCUACAAGUCGAGUUUGCGGCUGCGUUUUAAGCAAACUCAAUGCUGAGAAGUUCCUGAUCGACAUGGAAGAUCCUGAAAUGCAAGACUUGGUGGUGGAAGAUUUACAUCCAUUAACAUACAAAGACCUACCGACUUCAGGAAUGGGGCCGCUGGACCGAUAUUUGGAGUUAUGUAGAGAAAUAUUUAACAGAGGAACAGCUUCCGGGAUCAUCAUCAACACGGUCAGUUGUCUAGAGAGCUCGUCUCUGUCAUGGCUUCAACAAGAACUUGGCAUUCCAGUGUAUCCAUUGGGUCCUCUUCACAUUACAGUUUCAGCAAAUUCUAGUUUACUGAAAGAGGACAUGAGCUGCAUUGAAUGGCUGAAUAAGCAGAAACCAAGGUCAGUCAUAUACAUAAGCUUGGGAAGCAAAGCUCAUAUGGAAGCAAAUGAAGUUCUGGAGAUGGCUUGGGGGUUGUGUGAUAGUAACCAGCCUUUUUUAUGGGUCAUCUCUGAGUCAUUGCCAGAGGAGGUUAGUAAGAUUGUCUCAGAAAAGGGAUACAUUGUGAAAUGGGCACCACAGAAUGAAGUACUUGCACAUCCUGCAGUGGGAGGUUUCUGGAGCCACUGCGGCUGGAACUCAACGCUUGAAAGCAUUGUGGAAGGAGUCCCAAUGAUUUGCAGGCCUUUUGGUGAUGAACAAAAGUUAAACGCAAAGUAUAUAGUGAGUGUGUGGAAAACUGGGAUCCGGCUGGAAGGUGAAGUGGAAAGAGGACAGGUAAAGAAAAUGGUGACAAGGUUAAUCAUGGAUAAUGAAGGUGCUGACAUGAGGGAUAGAUCAAUUGGUUUUCAAGAGAAGCUCAAAGCCUCUGUGAGAGAUGGAGGGUCCUCAUACAAUGCACUAGCUGAGCUUUUCAAGUACUUGGAGACGUAAUGAUGAAGUUAGACUCACAUUGAAAUUCCUAAAGACAGUGCUAAGCUAAUGAAGUUUAUGAGCCUUAUUUGAUAUAUCAACUCUGACUUUGUACAACUUACGCAGGGAUUGGUUCGUCAUCCAAUUAAAUUAAAAGUAACUUAUAU